UUUUUUUUUUUUUCUUUCUGCACGGCAAAGACAUCGAUCAGUGUCUGAAGAUCACAUUUUACAUGCGAUCUUGAGUUUGUCCCCUUUUGGUCUUACAUUAUAUUUUUAUAGGUUUUGUUACAACCAUGGUGCUGGGCAAGGUGAAGAGUUUGACGAUCAGCUUUGACUGUCUCAAUGACAGCAAUGUCCCCGUGUACUCCAGCGGGGAUACCGUCUCAGGAAGGGUGAAUUUAGAAGUUACGGGGGAAAUUCGAGUGAAAUCUCUGAAAAUCCACGCCAGAGGACACGCGAAAGUGCGCUGGACGGAAUCGAGAAACGCCGGCUCCAACACUGCCUAUACGCAGAAUUACACGGAAGAAGUCGAGUAUUUCAACUACAAAGACACGCUCAUCGGGCACGAGAGAGACGAUGAUAGCUCCGAGGAAGGCUUUCACACCAUUCAUUCAGGAAGGCACGAGUACGCGUUCAGCUUCGAGCUGCCGCAGACACCACUUGCUACCUCAUUCGAAGGCCGGCAUGGCAGUGUGCGCUAUUGGGUGAAAGCCGAACUGCACAGGCCUUGGCUUCUACCAGUAAAAUUAAAGAAGGAAUUUACAGUCUUUGAGCAUAUAGAUAUCAACACUCCUUCAUUACUGUCACCCCAAGCAGGCACAAAAGAGAAGACGCUGUGUUGCUGGUUCUGUACCUCAGGCCCAAUCUCCUUAAGUGCCAAAAUCGAAAGGAAGGGCUACACCCCAGGUGUACGUGGACAUCCCAGGGGCGAUGGACUUAUUUCUGAACUUGCCGCUGGUCAUCGGCACCAUCCCCCUGCACCCAUUCGGCAGCAGAACAUCCAGCGUGAGCAGUCAGUGCAGCGUGAACACGAACUGGCUCAGCCUGUCCCUCCCCGAGAGACCUGAAGCGCCGCCCAGCUAUGCAGAAGUGGUGUCGGAGGAGCAGAGGCGGAGCAACCUCGCGCCCAGCGGCGCUUGCGAUGACUUCGAGCGCGCACUGCAGGGGCCGCUGCUCGCCUACAUUCAGGAGUUCCGGUUCCUGCCCCCUCCACUCUACUCAGAGGUGGACCCGAACCCGGAGCAGGCAGACGACAGGCCCUCGUGCCCGUCCCGCUGAAGGGCGCCGGCCACCGGUGCGGUUCCGAACUGCGGCCUUCGGUGAGGAUGAGGACAGGAGGCCUUGGAGACACGAUGGCGGAGUGACUGUGCCUGGAGCCUGGAGGCACGACGUGCAGUGGCCACUCUUGGCUUGGCCACCGCAACACCGGGGACUGCUGCCACCGGCAGGCCAGGCCCCGUCGUCCGUCCGGGCAGACACCGCCUUCUUUGAGUUGAAUUUUGCACACGCGAUGCUUACCUUGUGCGGUUCGAUGUCACUACAGCUUUGUUCCCAUUCCGCUGGACUCCGGCGUGCUUCUGUGUCCGCACAAGGGACGGAGCUCUGCAGGACCUGGACAUGUGCUGACACCGGGCUUACGGAUGCGGCCUGGCCUCUCCGAGCACGCACAGGUCACCACGAGCGGCCAUGUCACCCCCAGCGUCGUGGGCAGCCAGGGGCGCCACGCCGGCUCGGGUGGUGACUGGGGAGCAGAGGGGACAGAUUGGCCGCGGGCGCCCCCUCGGUCCCCGUCCACGGUGUGUUGCCUUCCUACUUCACAGCGAGCAGUGUGUCACCACCUGCCCGAGUCACUUAUCUCAGGUGAACGCGUCACUUGCCAAACGUCGGAAUGCGCUGUGUUUCCUUGCACUGUUGAGUUCUGGGUGGUUUCGUUUUUUUCCUGUUGUUGAUUUGGUUGGCUUUUCGGAGUGGGAAAUUUGGAAAUGGGACGUACACAGAAGUGACACCCCACCAGGUGGCCCUGUGCCCUGGGGAGCAGCGGGCAAGGCGGAGGCAGCUGCAGGUGUCCAUGGUGCAAGACCAGUCGCUCAGGAGGGAAGGAGGGACGAUGUGUCACCUCCUGGGGACCGAGGUGCCCUUUUGGGCGGGGUGGGCCCUGGGCCGCCUGCCUGGGUCACCUCCAGGAGUGCGAAUCCCGGCCACUACAGUGUCUGCUGGGCCAUGGUCGCAUAUUUUUUUGUUUAUGAAAAUUGUUUUUUCAUCAUUUAAAGAACAAGUUGCUAAAGAUGUGAAGCCACCCUUCUGUGAACAGAGUGAUGAGGUACUAAGGUGGUGACACUGGUGACGGACAGUUAUUGGCGGUGGGGUGGAAACUUACCAGCACUCAAGAAACCCGAAACCUGCAGUCACUGAGGGACCACGUGGACUUGUCCUGGCGUAAGAAGGGCUCAGCCAGUGUCUCACCUCAGACCAGCAUCCUGGGCACCCUGUGAGCCCAGCCGGCCCGACGUGACUGUCCACCGCCUCCUGCAGAGCAGGCUUUCUCCAAGUGGCCUUCCAGGAAACACGACAGCUCAUGUUCGCCGACUGCUGACGGGCCCGGGGCGGGGAUGGGUCGCGUUUUAGGCGAUUUGGGGAGGGCUGGGUGCCUCCAGCAGCCGUGUGUGGAGGAGGAUGGGGGGACUGUUUCUGUACCCUUAAAUCACUUUGUGAAUGUGCCCCUCAGGAGAAGCUAGUGGGAUUCCGUGCACACAGGGCAUUUGGGGGUUUCUGCUUGGGUGGGGCCUGCCAGGACCCCCUUUGUGUCCUCUCCGACCGAAGGGAACUGCGGUCACCUGCACGGCGUGGGGCGCUGCGCAGGGCGGAGCAAGAACACCACAGUGCGCCCGCUCUGGUCCAAAGCAACAGUUAGAAAACUUUAUCAAAUAAAGUUUUAUUUUCCCCAUUAAAGUGUUUCUUUACUCACUGAGAGGCAUUACUUUUUCUAAAUAUUGGUCAAUUCCGGAUACAAGGGUGAGGUUCACAGUUGUAUUCCAUAUUCACAGUUUCCUGAUUUUUCAAUUAGGAAAAGUCAAAUCCAAAAUGUUAGCAAAACAAAGUGCAAUAUUGAAUGUCUGCUUUAUAGAUUAUAUUCUAUGGCUGUUUGUAAUUUUCUGUUCGUUUUUUUUUAAUUUGGUGCUGAACAUGUAUGUCCUUGUAGGCUGUUUUAAGAAAACAAUAUGUGGGAAAUGAUUUAAUUUUUCCUAUUGCUCUUCCUUGUGGAAAAUAAAGUGUUUUUUUUUUCUUUUUUGUA